AUGAGGCGCGUCUGUACGGAGGUGUCCGUGGACUGCUGCGUCGGCUGUGGGCCGCUUAGUGUGACGUCACUAACACUGCUGGGCGGCCUUGUCAUCCCGGGGGUGUCGGUAGAGUCGACGCUGGAACAGCCGCGUCUCACUCCCGCGAGUGGAGUGGCAUCCGCGAGUGCAGCCACGCAGCACACGGAGCAGCCCACAGACUCCUCCUCGCCACACGGAGACGGCGAAGAUGGUCUCCAGCUUUUACCGGGACUCGUGGCACAAGCUUCUGCCACGGAGCUACCUGCUUCAGACGCGGAGGUGGAGCUCGUGCAACAAGAACAAGAGAAGGAACAGCCGACCUCACGGAAACGCGCGCAGUCGGACGAUGUGCGGCCCAAAGAUACCGGAAGAACGCCAGCACAACGCCGCCCUCGCCUCCGAAGACAGCGAGCAGAGGCACACACGUCAGGAAGACGGAUGCCGACGGCUUCACCAAAUCCACUAAAACGGCAAAAGCCGUGCCACAAUAAGGACCAGCACCCGCCGGAGUCGCUGAGAGCAACUCACAAGACGAAGAUAAUGUGCUCCUUCCUCCACAACAGCGCUCUCUACGCAGGCCGAGGUCAGGCCCCGCACAGGCAAGCCACACCCGUAACCCCUGCGGCCGCCAACAAUGGAAGACAAGCUCCGCCCAUUGCUACGCCUCGAGCACGACGACCUCCUACCGCCAGCCUCGCAACUAGCCAGCGGCAGGAAGCCCUCCCCACCACGCCGCAGCGCGGCCAGAUAGCUCCGCCUCCAGCGCCACUGUCGUGCACCGAGAACCAACCAGAACCGCCGGCGUCCUACUCAGCCAGCAUGGCCGACUUCUCACGGCCAAGAUGGCGGCCAGAUAGUUCCGCCUCCAGCGCCACAGUCGUGUACCGAGAACCAAUCAGCACCGCCUGGGCCUACACAGCCAGCAUGGCCGACUUCUCACAGCCAAGAUGGCGGCAGCCCAACAGACUCGACGCGGCGCCCCGCCAUGUUGUCGGCGACCGACAAAUUGGCGCACACUCAAGGCGCGACCAGGUGGCCCCGCCUCCAGCGCCACAGGCAGGUUCAGUCAGCCAACCAGUGCCACCCGAGCCCGCCCCAGCCGACCCGUCGCGAGGAAGGUGGCGGCUUCCAGUUGAGGCUGCAUACGAAAUACCUGAAGUUGCUGCUCCAAUUGAAAAUAUUCAGCCUGUUUCAAGCCAAAUUAAUGUUACUGCAACUGCUGGAAAGUCUGUAACCAUUCCAAAAUGUCCAACACCAGAACACAUUGUACUGGUUCCCUCUUGCAGUGGCCUCCAUUCAAAAAAAGAAGAGCCGAAAGUAUGGUAA